AUGGCCAAGCAGAGACUCCAGCAGAAUAAUAGCACUGCUCCAAAAGUCCCAACAGCCGAGCAGUGCACUCAGACUGAGGACAGAACUACCUCAGAGUUGAUCGAGGAGCUGCAGACAGCACACAAGGAUCUACAAAAGUGGACAACAAAACUCCAGUGCAGUGAGGAGCAGGAGGAGGAAGAUGAGCAGGAGCAGAGGGAGAAGGUCCAAGUACUGAAGAGUGGAAUCUUGAACUUCAGUGUCAAGCUGCAGCAGGAACAAGCUGCCCUGCUGAAGAAAGCUGCAAGGAUUGUCACCUGCACCACUGAGGAGAAGAGCACCAGACACGAGAGCCAAGCUGCCCAAAGCAAGGAGUUUGAGAAGAUCAAUCUUGAACUCCAGACACUCCAGCAGGAUCUGCACAAGCAAGCCCUGAGCUUGAAGACGGCUGUGAAACCCAGCAAACCUGAAAAUAAAUACGUCUGGAUCAGAAUUCACAAAAACAUGCAGCAGCAGACAGACCUGCUGGAUGAAGAGGACAUCCAGAGGAUGAAGGCCUCCUUCGCAGCUCAGCUCCAUGACCUGAAGAAGGCAAAUGCUGAACUCACAGAGGCCCGUACAAAAGCAGAGGAGCAGCUGCAGCUCCAGCAACAGCAGUGUCAGGAGGAGAGACGCAUCCUCCAAGUAACUAUUCAGGUCCUCCUCAAAGAACAGAAGAAGAAGAUGGAAGAGUGGACGGAGAAGCAGAUGUACAUGGCUGCCAAUAUGGAGACGCUCGAGAGUGAGAUGGCAGAAAUCCUCAAAAAGAAAACCAAGAAGAGAAGCUUGCUGAGCAGACUCUUCCGGCACUCCAGCGCCAAUUAA